GUCUACUUGUACAUCAUCUGGAAAUCACACGAGAGAGAGAGAGAGAGAGAGAGAGAGAGAGAGAGAGAGAGAGAUGGAGUUCGGAGCUGUUACCGGAAUCAGCCCUCUUCUGAUCGGAAAAGCUCUGACCGCCGCGAUAAGAGCCCGCGAUUUUCGAGGUGCAAAUCACUACUAUGAAUCCGCAGGGCCUUACGCCUUCUUCAGCUUCCCGCCAUCGUUCUCGGUGGACAACUGGUUUGCUCCAGGGAAUGAUGCCCCCUUUGGGGAGAUAAAGAUAAAGCGUGGACAGCUCCGUUGUCUCAGAAGCAUCGGCAACGACCAUGACGCUACUGUCAAUGAAGCUUUCCUCAAGAAAGCUGAAACUGUCCUCAGUCAAAGCCCCUCCUUUCAACAACAGGUGAAAAGGGCCAAGGAACAAGGAAAACAACUAGUUUUCACUGGACUGUCUUCAGGAGGUGCCACUGCAAUCUUAGUUACAGUUUGGUUCCUCGAGACGUACGGUCCGACCUCUCCGCCGCCUCGUUGCGUCACGUUUGGGGCUCCCCUUGUCGGAGAUGCAGUGUUCAAGCACGCCCUUGGACGAGAAAACUGGAGCCAGUACUUUCUGCACUUUGUCAAGAGGUACGACAUUGUCCCUCGGAUUCUGUUUGCUCCCAAGUCAUCAUCCAUAGGGGAUGAUAGCCUACCUCUGUUUUUGCACCUUUUGGAUCCAAAAUCUGAGGCAUCAAACCCGGGGAAUGAUCAGAGGAUUGAAGAUUUCUAUACAACGGUGAUUAGGAGCACAUCAUGUGUUGCUAACCAUUCCGCCUGUCAACUGAUGGGAAACACAAACCCGUUGUUAGAAACCUUCUCCUCCUUCAUCGAGCUAAGUCCUUAUCGGCCCUUUGGUACUUAUGUCUUCUGCUCGGGCGAGACACCAUUGGCAGUGAAUAAUGCAGACGCUAUUCUACAAAUACUGUUCUACUCUUCUCAGUUGAGUGAACAAAGAGAAUGGUCAUCCGUCCUAUUCCAAAGCAUAAAAGAUCAUCACAAAUACGAAAAGUUACCGGAAUUCUUGGGAACCAAUUUGUAUCAUUUGGACCAGCUUCGGCUAUCCUCUGAUGGAGGCGACUUCCACGCAAACUCCAUUAGCGCCGCACUGAGCAUAAGCGGCAGGCUAUGUGUCCUUGCAGCUAUAGAGGCAGAGAACCAACGUUACGAAAAUCAAAAGAAGGUACAAAAGAAACAAGGUGAGAUUGAAAGCAAACUAGAUUGGAUGGAGAAAUACAAGACAAAAUGCGAAGCCCCUAGGACAGGGUAUUUCGACUCAUUCAAGGCUUCAAACGAAGAUCUUGACUUCGAAGCAAAUGUCAAAAGGGCUCAGUUAGCAGGUAUAUUCGACGAAGUCCUCGGUUUACUGAAGAUUUAUCAACUCCCCGAUAGCUUUGAGGAGUGCAAGGAGUGGAUAAACCUAGCAACCAAGUACCGGAGAUUGGUUGAACCAUUGGACAUAGCAAACUACUACCGACAUCUAAAGAACGAAGACACCGGGGCCUACAUGGACAACGGAAGACCAAACCGCUACAAAUAUGCUCAGAGAUGGUUCGAGCACGGAAGAUGGAAGCAAGGAUCGGACCUAGAAAACAUUUUCUCGACCAAAGUAAAAGCUCUUAACCUGGGAUCAGAGCAAGACAUUAAAGAGAAGCUCAAGUUUGCAGGCUCCAAGUGCGGAUCAUGCGUUUGGGCUGAGGUCGAAGAACUCAGAAGAGAGCCAUACGAAAAUCUCAAGGGAAAGCCAUACCAAGAAUUCUGGGAAAGGGUUAGGGCAUUGGAGACGAUGAUUGAUACCUGGAUCGAUGAGAGAGAACUAGAUACCCAGAUGUUCUUGGAGGGCUCAACAUUUCACACGUGGUGGACUACUCUUACACAGGAUCACACGACCCUAUCUCCAGUCUCAAGGUUUAUGCGUGGCUGAAGCAUGACAUCACCAAAGCCAUCAGAAGUUGCUUAAAUCAUAGUACCACUUCAAGCCAUUGGAAUUUCCAUGUAAUCCUUGUGUAAUGACUACAAAUAACGUAAUGUUUGAGCAACUUUAUCUAAUGAAUUUGGACACCUACUCUUUCCAUUU